AUGACCGGCAGCAGGAAGAUGGGAUCGGGGGGAAUAGUUAUGAAGAGGGGUCCAAUCAGUGGACAUCGACUACAACGGAGUCGUUCACAUUCCCGGGAAUAUAUCGAUACCGAGACCGUUCACACUCGAGAGGGUUUCGGCGAAAUAGGAACCGGUCUCUCUCUCGGGAAAAGGGGCAACGCCAUGAGCCGCGCUCUGCGAAAAGCAGCUCGAUCACCGUUUUCAAUCGAAAUUGAGAAAGCUGAAAUGUCGGACAGGUUUGCCUGCCCACAAUUCAACUGCUAUGACGGGAAGACUGAUCCAAUAGAACACGUCAGCCAUUAUAUUCAGAUGAUGUCUUUACAUACUCAUAACGAUGCGCUCAUAUGCAAGCUAAUUCAAGAGUUCGGAGUCCGGUUUGUGACGUGCAACCGAGUACCUCAACUAGUUGAUGCGCUCCUAUCAAUGAAAAUGAGGGCAGGAGAGACCCUCCGCAGUUACGCCAGCCGGUAUUGGGAGUUAUACAACGAGAUCGACAAGGAUAACGAAAGGGUGGCGGCAAGUACAUUUAGAAUGGGGUUGCCCGAGGAUUCAGGGCUAAGAGAGUCAUUAACCAAAAAGCCGCCCAAAGGCAUGCGGCAACUUAUGAGAUGCAUCGAGGAAUACAAACGAUUAGAAGAUGACCGGUUACAGAGCAAGGGCAAAGCGUCGAUAAUGGCUCAUCCUCAGUAG